AUGGAUGGCUUAACGCAACCCAAUAAUCACAAUGGCGGGGGGCCAGUGAAUGUCCACCAGCCCUUUACUCCAGGUGAGCGCAUCCAGCAGCUCAGCGAAACCGAUCAGGACAUUACCUCCCUCUUAGUCCACCUCUCAUCCGCGAUGCGUGCGCUCGCCACGCCCCCAGAUACCUCCGCGAAUGAUGCACCUCCAGGUGAUGAUACCGGUUCCGAUGCCAUCUCGGCUUUUCACAUGGCGCAAUCAGCCUUUUUCACCACUGUCGACCGAAUCGACAAACAUCUGACCCGCCAAAUCCUAGCGCUUGAGGAGGCGGGCAUAAUCACACUACGUAACACCAGCGCGGAUGGUCAGCCACAAACAGGAGAGCCUGGGGUGGGCGACGCAGUAUCAGCAGCAAACACUGGCGGCGGCGGUAGCAGAGUUCGGGCCGCUGCGCCGAAGCGGCUGGAACCCGAUGGGAUGGGACGAUAUGGAAACCUCGAUGUGGGCAAACUGAAUAUGGCGAGCAGCACAGUCGAGAGGGAUAUGGAGCGCGAGGCAUGGCGGUCGGCCAAAGAGGAGCUUCGAAGGAUUGCCACAGAGGGCGCAGAAGGUGGUGAUCGAAUGCAGGAGUGA